UCCAUUUUCGAUUCAUAUUUUUUCAUUACUUCUAUCUCAAAAUUGAGGUUUCAAUCGGGUAGUGAGGGAGAUUGAUAUGGGGAAAUCUGGAGGGAGGAAGAAGAAGAGUGGUGGUGGUGGUGGUUCGAACCAGGUCAAUCCUUCUGAAAACACCGCGAAGCAGCCAAUCGUUAAUGGCGGUGUUGAUUUCGACGCUUCAAUCUUCUUAAAACGUGCUCACGAGCUCAAGGAAGAAGGGAACAAGAAGUUCCAAGGCAAGGAUUUCCAAGGCGCUCUCGAGCAAUACGCUAAUGCGCUUAAGCUCAUCCCGAAGAACCACCCAGACAGAGCCGUGUUUCACAGCAACCGCGCGGCUUGUUUGAUCCAGAUGAAGCCUAUCGAUUACGAUAACGUAAUCGCUGAAUGUUCAAUGGCGCUUAAGGUACAGCCUGGGUUCUCUCGAGCACUUCUUAGAAGAGCUCGAGCUCUUGAAGCUGUUGGGAAGUAUGAAUUGGCUUUGCAAGAUGUGAAUCUGUUAUUGGAGACUGACCCGAAUCACAAGGACGCUACGGAAAUGUCGAGGCGGUUAAUGAUGGCUGGUUCAGGUCCUCAGAGCCGGCCUUCACCAGCGGCUCUUGGUGCUUCGGCAGCUUUGGGUGGUCCGGUUAAUGGACUUGGUCCUUGUUUGCCUUCUCGACCAGUCCACAAAAAGGUAGCUUCUUCUUCUUCUUCUUCUUCACAUGUUGGGUCUCUUUCAUUGCCUGUUAGUACCACCAGCAAUAAGGUCGAACGGCAACAGAUGAAUCCGGUAACAGAAAAUGGCACUGAAAGCAAGACCCAGAUGCCGAAAAUUGUGUUGAAGCCAUUGAAUGAUUCUUUGAAAGGUUCGGCGAAGGCAGAGCAGUCUUCGUCUGUGGUAGCUCUGGCUCAAGAGAAGAGAACUAGGUGGAGGCCAUUGAAAUUUGUUUAUGACCAUGAUAUAAGGUUGGGUCAGAUGCCGGUGAAUUGUGGGUUUAAGGUAUUGAGGGAGAUUGUGAGGAGUCGUUUUCCAUCGUCCAAGUCAGUGUUGAUAAAGUAUAAGGACAAUGACGGAGAUUUGGUAACUGUAACCUCCACUGCUGAACUACGAUUGGCAGAAUCUGCUGCUGAUGGUCUUCUGACAAAGGAACCUGAAUCUGAUAAAUCUGAUUCUGUCGGGAUGUUGAGGUUGCAUGUUGUUGAUGUAAGUCCUGAGCAGGAGCCACCUUUGCCCGAGGAAGAAGAGGAGGAAGAAGUGGAAGAGAAGCCUGUUGAAGAAGAAAUCCGAACAUCUCCAAGCGAAUCAGUAUCCGAGACAGAGAUCAUCAAUGAGAAGUCGGAUAAAGAGAAGGCGUCUUCUUCUGAAGAUCCGGAGAUGAAGGAAUUGGAGAUGGAUGAUUGGUUAUUUGACUUUGCUCAGCUUUUCCGGUCUCAUGUGGGGAUUGACCCUGAUGCUCAUGUCGAUUUGCACGAGCUUGGGAUGGAGCUUUGCUCGGAAGCGCUAGAAGAAACAGUCACCAGUGAAGAAGCUCAGCCUCUUUUUGACAAGGCUGCUGCAAAAUUCCAAGAAGUGGCUGCUUUGGCUUUCUUCAACUGGGGUAAUGUGCACAUGUGCGCUGCUAGGAAGCGGAUUCCGUUGGAAGAAUCUGCCGACAAGGAAACUGUUGCAGGACAGCUUCAGACUGCUUAUGAGUGGGUGAAAGAGAGAUACACUCUUGCUAAAGAAAAGUAUGAGCAGGCUUUAUCAAUCAAACCCGACUUCUAUGAGGGUUUGCUCGCUUUAGGACAACAGCAGUUCGAGAUGGCAAAGCUACAUUGGUCUUUCGCAUUGGCUCAGAAGAUAGAUUUGUCGGAUUGGGAUUCAGCAGAGACAUUAAAGCUUUUUGAUAGUGCAGAAGAGAAGAUGAAAGCCGCGACUGAGAUGUGGGAAAAGCUUGAAGAACAGAGGAUGAAUGAUUUGAAGAACCCAAAUUCGAACAAGAAAGAGGAAGUUUCGAAGAGGAGAAAGAAACAAGGGGACGGAACAGACGGCGAGGCUUCGGAAGCUGUUACAGCAGCGGAAGCAGCAGAGCAAGCGAUUGCCAUGAGAUCACAGAUCCAUCUGUUUUGGGGAAACAUGCUUUUUGAAAGAUCACAAGUGGAAAGCAAAAUCGGUUUAACCGGUUGGAAGAAAAAUCUUGACUCAGCAGUUGAAAGAUUCAAACUUGCUGGUGCUUCUGAAACUGAUAUAUCGACUGUUGUGGAGAACCAUUGUUCCAACAAAGCAGCUGCGGAAGGAGAAGAGAAGAAGGUUAGCGAAUCGUGAAACCCUUAUCAAGUGAAACCUGAUCGAUCUCAAGAGCUAAACCAAGCAAUUCUAGCAACAUGAAUACAUGAUCAAUGGCUGUAGAUUGGAAAAAGCAAUUCUAGCCUGUGAGGUAUGUUUCUGCGCUCAUUGGAUAAGCUGGAACCUUUUGAUGAUUUCGAUUGAAUUGGUUUGUCUAAUUAAGUUUUAAUUGUGUGUGAGCCUUAUUUACUUUUGUUUUGUGUGACUUUUUGGAACUUACUUAUCUAAUGAUCAAAAGUUUCUGAUA